GUUUGCAAUUAUGUGUGGCUAUAUGUCUCAGUUUGAAAGUGUACAAAACAAAAUCAGGAAUGGUUAUCUCUUUAAGGAGCACCUAGACAAAGCAAUUGAACUUAAGCCUCAAGAUCCCUUUUUAUAUUACCUAAAUGGAAGAUGGUGCUAUUCAGUAGCUCAGUUGUCUUGGAUUGAAAAGAAAGUAGCUGCUGCUCUCUUUGGGACUCCACCAACUUCAACAGUAGAAGAAGCAUUGCAGAAUUUCCUUAAGGCAGAAGAAAUGCGUCCAGGAUAUUCCAAAUACAAUUACGUGUAUUUGGCAAAGUGCUAUAAAGAUCUUGGCCAGAAAAACAAUGCACUGAAGUACUGUGAUUCUGCACUGUCAAUUCUCUCAGUUACUAAUGAGGUGGGUAUUGAGAGUGAUAACUUGUUCUCUUAUGACUUCUGUCUUGUCUUUGGCAACAUUAUUGCACCGUCAGUGAUAACAUAA